AUGGAGCCGCUGCCGCUGCUCGCCCAGCCCACGUUCUGCGUGUUGAUGCUUGCGGCGACUAUCCCGAAGGCGAUUGGCAUGAAUGGGCUCUACCUGGUGCUCCGUACCUUCGCUGUUCGACCAGCACCGGCCUUCCCGAACAAGCUCUUCCUGAUGCUGGUUCAUUUCCGCAUGCUGCGGCUCCUGAUCUGGCCCCCCGCCGCCUGCUGCCGGCGCAAGCAGCGGCAGGACCACGCCAGGUCCGCUGGACUUCCGGAGCUGGCGCCGUCCUCGGUGGCGCCCCUCCGCGAGCCCUUUGGCGACCGAGGUGCGCCAGCCCGUGACGCCGCAGGGGCGCCCGUGGCGGCUGCCGUCGCCGGCGCGCGGCGGGGCGAGGGGGCGGAGAAGGCGAUGUGCGACCGCAUCGUUGGCGCUUCGCUCGAGGAGGAGCUCGUGCGGCUGCGGCGGGUGGCCUUCGGCGGCGGCCUCGGGUCUUCGGGCCGGGGUGGGGUGCACGCGACUGGCAUCCAUGUGGUGCAGGCGCGCGGCUCCCUGAGCUCCUCCUCGGACGGCGAGGGCGGCGCGCCGCCCGCGGGGCAUGCGGAGGCCUUCUCGCGCUCGCCGCGCGGGUCGCUGCCCCACCGCCCGCACGCCACGCGGCCGCAGCCGCUGACGAUCGACUCGGGAGGCGCGCCGGCGGGCGCGCCCGGGGCUGGCGACGGCGCCCUUGGCAGUCCGUUCGCGGCCGCGGCCGCGGGCGCGCCGGCGACGGUCCGGGCGGCGACGGGCUGGGAGGCAAUCAGCCCCCAGGGUCCGCUCCACUGCCGCGACGUCUCGUCGCCGUCCUCUGCCGGCGACAGGAGCCCCCCGGGCCGCCUGGCGGCCGCUGGCGCCCGCCACUGCUACCGGCGGUUCCUCGACUCCCCCAGCGCGCCGUCCCCGUAG